AUGGCCGCCUCUCAUCUGUUCGUGUGCAUCAUCUUGUGCACCUACUACUCCGUCGCUCAUGGAGGCGACGACGAGCAUGGCUUUGUAACGGUGCUGACCAGCCGGUCUUUUCAGCCAGAAGCAGCAGAAUGCUCGACAACAAGAGUGAACCUAGAGCCGAGCCGGGCCACGGUGUCCCUGCCACUAGCGCACUGGCACGGGCCGUGCGCGCCGUUGCAGACCUCUGAAAAGCCAUCCUUCACCGAGAGGCUCCGCCGAAGCCGUGCCCGUGCGAACUACAUCAGGAGCAGAGCGUCCACGGGUACGGUGAGCACGCAAGCAGGCGACGAUGCCAACGUGACCAUCCCGGCUCACCUGGGCGGCUCCGUGGACUCGCUGGAGUACGUGGUCACCAUGGGCUUAGGCACGCCGCCCGUGCCGCAGGUCGUCCUCAUGGACACCGGCAGCGACCUGUCGUGGGUGCAGUGCGCGCCGUGCAACUCCACCGCGUGCUACCCGCAGAAGGACCCCCUGUUCGACCCGAGCAAGUCUUCCUCGUACGCGGCCAUCCCCUGCAGCGCCGGCGCGUGCAGGAACCUCACCGUCGACGACUAUGGCGACGGCUGCGUCACGAGCGGCGGCGCUUCCCAGUGUGCGUUCGCCAUCGAGUACGGGGACGGAUCGCAUACCAGGGGCGUGUACAGCAAGGAGACGCUGACGCUGGCGCCUGGGGUCACCGUCGAGGAUUUCCAUUUCGGCUGCGCCGACGAUCAGGAAGGUUCGAACGACAAGUACGACGGCCUGAUCGGGCUAGGCGGCGCGCCGGAGUCGCUCGUCGUGCAGACCUCUUCGGUCUAUGGCAGCGCCUUCUCGUACUGCCUCCCGGCGCAGAACAGCGAGGCCGGGUUCCUAGCCCUUGGCGGCGCGCCGAGCGCCAACACAUCGGGCUUCCUGUUCACGCCGAUGCGCGUCGAGGAGGCCACGUUUUAUGUGGUGACUCUCACCGGCGUCAGCGUCGGCGGGAAGCAGCUGGACAUACCGCCGGUGGUGUUCUCUCACGGCAUGAUCGUAGACUCCGGCACGGUCAUCACGGAGCUCCCGCACACGGCCUACGCGGCGCUGCGGAGUGCUUUCCGGAGCGCCAUGUCCGCGUACCCGCUCUUGCCGCCGAGCGAAGACCUCGACACAUGCUACAACCUCACCGGCUUCAGCAAUGUCACGGUGCCGACGGUUGCCCUGACGUUCGACGGCGGCGCGACGAUGGACCUCGACGUCCCCAACGGGAUUCUAUUGGAGGGCUGCCUCGCUUUCCAGGAGGCAGGCCCGGACGACUUCCCCGGGAUCCUCGGCAACGUGAACCAGCGUACGUUCGAGGUGCACUACGACGUCAGCCAUGGCAAAGUGGGAUUCCGGGCUGGUGCCUGCUGA